AUGGCCGAUCAAGAACAACCUUCCACCCCUAACCCAGACUCAACCACCUCAACCCCCAACAAGCCCAAGCGUGCCCCUCCCAAGCUCGGCAAGAAGUCACCCGCCAAACAAGAACAGACUCCUCCUGCCUCAGACCAAGGUCAGGACCAAGAUCAAGAAGACAAAGAGCCAGACGACAAGCCUCAAGAAGAAGAGGAUAAGCCCGAAGAGUCCGAGCCGGUCAAACAACAAGAACCAGACUCCGAGCCCGAACCCGAACAAGAGAACUCGGAACCAGAGCCUGAACCCGAACCCGAACCCAAGCCCGAACGUCGUCGCCGCAGACCUCGUCCUCGUCCUCAAGAAUCAGACACCGAAUCCGUCCAACGCAACAUGGACUCAGACCAAAAACCCCAGCGUCGUGUCCGCCGCCAGCGCCAGCCUAAGCAACAAGACCAACAAGGUGGCAAUGCUCUCGGCGGUCUCCCAGGCGUCGGCGGCGUAGACCAAGCCGGUCAGCUCGUGCAGAAUACAGCGGGCAAUGCCCUAAACGGUGUAACCGGCAGCGCCGGCAAGGCCGUCGGCGGGGUUCUCGGCGGCGGUGAGAAGAAAGAGGAGGAAGACGGCGGUCGUGAUGAGCAGCUUCGGUUGCGAUUGGACCUGAAUUUGGAUAUCGAGGUUCAGCUCAAGGCGAAGAUUCAUGGUGAUUUGACGAUUGGUUUGCUGUUAGUAUUCCCUUUCUUGUCCUUCCGCUUCCCUCCCGCUUUAGUCCCACUUACAUACCGUCCCAACUUUUCAUCUCUGUUGGUGCAUUUCACUGACUGA